GGUAGGCUGGCUCCGAUCGGUACCCGGAAGUGGUUGAAUUGUGCCGGGGUGCGGAGUGGGAAGACGAUUUUUACGGUGAGUGAAUCAAGCUGAUCUGUAUGAGGAGCCCCAUCUGCUGGAAGAAUGACAGAUGACAAAGAUGUGCUUAGAGAUGUUUGGUUUGGAAGAAUACCAACCUGCUUCACAUUAUACCAAGAUGAAGUAACAGAGAGAGAAGCUGAACCCUAUUAUCUGCUUUUACCCCGCAUAAGUUACCUGACACUGGUAACCGACAAAGUAAAAAAGCAUUUUCAGAAGGUCAUGCGGACAGAAGAUAUUGGUGAAAUCUGGUUUGAAUAUGAAGGGAUUCCUCUGAAGUGGCACUACCCCAUUGGUUUACUUUUUGAUCUACAUGCUUCAAACACCUCUCUGCCUUGGAGCAUCAUUGUCCACUUUAAGAAUUUUCCAGCAAAAGACCUUCUACGAUGCCAGUCCAAAGAUAUGAUAGAAGCACACUUCAUGUCCUCUGUGAAAGAAGCUGAUGCCUUAAAGCACAAGAGUCAAGUUAUUAAUGAAAUGCAGAAAAAAGACCACAAGCAGCUGUGGAUGGGUUUUCAAAAUGAUAAAUUUGACCAGUUUUGGGCUAUAAAUCGAAAACUCAUGGAAUAUGCCCCAGAAGAAGGAGGGUUUCGUUAUAUCCCGUUUCGGAUAUAUCAGACAGUCAGCGACCGCCCCUUUGUGCAGAAGUUAUUCCGACCGAUUGCUGUGGAUGGAAAGCCUCAUACGCUCGGGGAUGUUAUACGAGAUAUUUGUCCGCAAGCAAUCCCAUCUGAAGAUGGCGAGAAGAAGUAUCAAGUAUUGAUUCACGGCAUAGAACCAAUGUUGGAGUCGCCAUUACAGUGGCUCAGUGAGCACCUCAGCUACCCUGACAAUUUCCUUCACAUAAGUAUCAUCCCACAGCCCACAGACUGAAGAAUGAAGUGACCAAGUCAGACACCGGAACUUGGACUGGAUCUUCAAAGGUGGUGGCAAAACUCGUUUGGAAGCUUAGAGACCCAAAGAAAAAGAAGACAGUUUGCCCUUGGGAAAAGUGUCUCUUUCGCUUUUCUGUUCCUCUGCAUCACGAGCUUCGGUGUAGAAGUAAGGUCCUCAGGUGGCCACCUGCUGUAUUGUAACGCAGCAAAUACCCGGAUAAUCAGUGACAAUAUGUGCCUCUCACUUCCCAAUUUGCACUAGCAGGUGUACUAAAAUACCUUCACUCUAUUUUGCAUUGAAGGAACUGAACUUUAAACAAAAGAUGAUGAAAACGACAAAGGAAUUGAUCCAGUGGUUUCAGUUGAAUCAUGGGUACACGCCAGCCAAGGUCCAAGUUAGUGUAUAAUGCUUCCACCAGGUUUGAAAAAGGCAUACCAUGUAGAUGAAUUCUGUUAACACUGACUGUCUUUUUGUUUACAAUGUGCUGGUUCUGACAGUGAAAGUUGAGCACAGAAAGAUGGACAUUGUACUGUUAAUGCGAUCUCUCUCAUGGCACUUGUCUAAAAAGAGGAACAAAGCAUUCAUUUGAUCACAUCUAUAUGAGGCAUUUUUGUGGAAAAGCUUUUCAGAGAAAACAUGUUUGAUCUAGAAAGUAAAACUACUAGGGGGUACAUUACAAGUUUCUGAAAUCUCAGACAUGUAAUUCUUUAAAUAUUUAAAGAUGUCUUUUUUUUCAGUAAAAGGUGAAUGCAAAGAUCCAUUUUCUGCACAAAAUCUGCACAGUUAACCGAACACAUGCAUUUUUUUUUAAAUAAUGUCCUUUAUUUUUUGGUGUUAUUUGAAAUAUUUUACAUUUAAUGUUUCUGUACAUAAUCAACUUAAAAAAAACUGCCUAAUUAAGUAACUAUACGGCGCUGAUUUUUUUCCCCCUUUCUGAAAGUGGAUCUGUCACUUUUGUUAAAUUCUGCCUUUUACAGUUUUAUAUACUAUUUAAACAUAGUGUUUACAGAUUCAAAUAAACCAUUAAAAACAUACUGUAUA